CGUCUCCGCUGCUUCAAGAUUGUGUGUCUGUGCUGACCUGUCUUGCUUCCUGACAUGAAGACGUGUGUGACUCCCCGGGAUAAUGAUACACUCAUUGAAAUGACACUGUAUGCUUUGAUGGGCAUCAACAGCGCUGCAGGUCGCAACAUGCAAACUGCAGGUGUAUUGCAGACUGUAUUAUUGUCUACUUUGCGAGACCUGUUGCUGGAGAGCGGGACACAGCCGCCCCCAGCCCUGGACAGGCUCGUCUCACGUUCCCGCAGGAUACAUCAGCGCCGUCAGCGUCGCCGGCUACGACAGACAUUACGACAGGGACUACAGCAGUCUGAGGAGUCCACACGCAUGGCAGACUAUACCAGCGCAGUCACGGCUAGUGAGCAACAUGUCAACACAUCCCUCUCAACACUCUCGCAACGUCGCCACCCACGACUUACUACCCUGACGACCGUGGCACAAGAGUUGGAUCUAUCUCAGCUGGCGUCAUACAGUUCUCCACAUCACCAGGUAAUGGAGUCGUCCCCAGAGCCUGGGGAUGAGGGUUCAACCCGGGGGCACAGUCUUCCCGAGCGUCAGCGCAGACAAAGGUGCCUUUCAGAGUCCAGCUCAAGGACUGGCUCCACCAGUCCAACGAGGAGUAACUCGAAGUCGACUCCCACACGAAGUCGACUCCCACACGAAGUCGACUCUCAUACGAAGUCGACUCCCACACGAAGUCGACUCCCACACAAAUUCAGCUUCCAUAGAAAGUCUGCUCCCAUACUAUUGGGAAGUGAGAAAGCUCUCCAUAGCUAUUUCUCAUUCCUUUACACAGAAACUUGACACUCCACACACCACUGGCAAGUGUCGGGCGCGGUGUCACAGUGUUCAGCAAACAAUCAUCAUUUCUGUGGAGUCUGGGUCAUGCUGUGUAUAUUUGUAUAUAAAUAAAUAAUUUUUCUUUAGUAA